AUGGAAGAAGUGAAGAAGGUGGUACUCAAUGAAAACUGCUCAACUGCUAUGCUAAAUAGGCUACCUAAGAAGAAAGGCGACCCGGGGAGUUUGACCUUACCUUGCCAAUUUGGCAACUUGACCACCAUUUACGCCUUAGCCGAUUCGGGAGCAAGUGUGAAUCUAAUGCCUUAUUCAUUCUUCAAGAAGCUAGAUCUCCCGGAACCAAGGCCAAUUCGUAUGGCAAUACACUUGGCCAACAAAACAGUCACCUUUCCAAGAGGCAUAUGCGAAGACAUACUAGUCAAGGUGGAUAAAUUUGUCUUUCCUGCUGAUUUCAUCAUUCUAGACAUGGAGGCGGAUCCACAAGUACCAAUCAUCCUUGGAAGGCCCUUCCUCAACACGGCCAACGCUAUAGUAGACAUGAGAGACUCAAAGCUCACCUUGCGGGUCGGGGACGAUUCAGUAACAUUCGAGGUGGACCAAGCUAUGAAGUAUUCUAGGACCAGUGACGACACAGCAUUCUUAAUCGACAUGCUUGAUGAACUAUUGGAGGGAGACAUACCUGAAGAUUCCAACAAGUUUGCAGUUUUAGAUGAAGCAUUUGAUCCAUAA